AUGGGAGAUGCAGUGCUAUUCCAACUGGUUAACCUUAAGACAUUUAAGGUUUUUAUUGUAAGGGAAAAUGGUGUAGCUGACACUAAUGGCGGAGCAGACACUGAUGGUGAUAUAAGCCUUCUGGAACUGAAAGCGCAGGCGCAGAAAGUACUCAAGUUACUUACGCCUUGUGGUGCGAUGUUUAAACUAGGCGAUGCUGAUAAUAAUUUGAAGCGGGAGAGAAAAAUGGUUGCGAAGCGCCAAAAGCGUAUUCCUUCGGUUGAUGCUCGAUGCUUCGGCGAUGCUGGUAAGAAUCUGAAGCCGGAGGAAAAUCCUGCAGCGAAACGCCAAAGGCGUGUUCCUCCAGCUGUUGUUCGGGAUGAAAAUGGAAGUCAGCAGCAACCUGAUGACAAUGGUGAUGUGGUAGAUUCAGUGGUUGCAGAUUUUGAGAGUUUCACGAAAAUCGUUGGCGAUUUAGUUGGAGAUUCUGAAAUGCCCGAGGACGUAAUGGCUAAAUAUUACGAGCUCUGCUGCACCCAUAACUCGUUCCUUCAUACAAAUAUUCGUCCCGGCCACAAUUCUAAUUUAGUUGCGGGUAUGAUUAUCGAAACUGUCGAAAUUGUUCAUGGCAUUAGGUCUUGCAAACUCUGGAACACUUUCAAUGGUGAGUUGACAGUGUGGAGACAUAAAUUGGAAGCCUCUGAGAAGCUUGGCAUGAGCGUGGGUUUUGUAUUUCCCAGAUUAAACGAACUUCAGAAACUAUCCGAAAGGGCAGUGAGAAGGCUUCCAUAUCAGCAAAUUUACCAGGAACGAUGCAAUUUUGUAGCUUACAUGUUUGUUUGA